AUGGAGAACGGGUCAGUGAUGACUCCUCUCAGGCAGCCUAUCGUGUUCGAGCUGGAGGGCUUCCACGUACCACCAGGCUACGGAUCGUUCCUCUUCUUCCUCGCUCUGUUUCACUACAUGGUGGUGCUGUUGGGGAACGGUGUGGUGAUGUGCAUCAUUGUCAUAGACAAGAACCUGCACAGACCCAUGUUUGUGUUGCUCUGUAAUCUGGUAGUCGUCGAUGUGCUGGGCUCCACCGCGGUGCUGCCUCGCAUGAUGAUGUACUUUCUGACUGGGGAGAAGAGGAUCACCUACAUCACAGCCAUGGCCCAGGCCUUCUCUGUGCACACGUACGGUGCCGCAGUGCAGACUCUUCUGGCUGCGAUGGCCUACGACAGGUACAUUGCUGUGUGUGAGCCGCUCAGGUAUCAGGCCAUCAUGACGUCAGCUCGGCUGCAGACCUGCUGCGUCCUGGCCUGGUCCGUGGCUCUGCUCUGUAUCAGUGUGCUCUUCACCCUUCACAUCAAUGUUCCUCUGUGCGGCAACACCAUCCAACACGUCUACUGCAGCAACCGGGUCAUCAUGAACCUGGCCUGCAGGUCCACCCCCACCAAUAACAUCUAUGGUCUGUCGAUGUCCUGGACCUUGAGUACAGGGAUGUUCGUCAUCAUUGCCUUUUCCUACUUUAGAAUCCUACAUGCUUCUGUUAAACGAGGCCGAGCUGACAGCAGAGUCUGCAGCAAGGCCUUCCAGACAUGUGCGUCACACCUCGUUGUGUAUGUGCUCUAUGAGAUCGCUUCACUCACCAUUAUCGUGAGUCACAGGAUGACCUCACUCUCUCAUAACAUCAAGAAAUUCAUCAGCAUCCUGUUUAUCAUCAUUCCACCAGCAAUCAACCCCAUAAUCUACGGACUGGUCAGUAAAGAGUUACGUGCUAGUUUCUUCAAGAAUUUGAUCUUAGUCCGUCUCAAAUAA